AUGACGUUGGUUUGCUUACUUUUCAGCAUACCAGGAAACUCGCAUCCCAUGACUCUUUUGCUUAAUUCGGCAUUGUUUAAGCACACUAUAUGCCAUGUAGUGUCUUUAUAUGGUCCAGAAUUUGGCAUGUGCAAUCCAGAAGCCGUUGUAGCAUUUGAAGACCAGUACGGCGAGCUGCUGGUAUCCAUGACAGGAUGCAGAGAUCAUCUGACAGAUGCUCUUUCACAAAUUCUCAAAAAGAACCGAGACGUCAGUGAGAUGGUCUCUCUCGCUGCUAUAAAAGUAGAUCAAAAAAAUGAGGAACACUGCCGGCUCUUGCAUGAGUCGUGGGCAGCACUAGACGAUCGUCCGGUUCCAGAAUCAUUUGACGUUACUAAAUCAGUAGGCAAGGGUGAUGAUAAUCUAUCAAGUUGGGGCGAUUUGGGAUUUCAAACACCACUCACCGAUUUUAGAAUGACAGGAGUUCUCGGACUUCAAAGCCUUCAUUUUGUAGUUACAAGGUAUAAAAAGCGGUCGAGAGAAACUCUUCAGGUCUCUAGAAGUUUGCAAGCGUGGUUUCCGUUUGCUCUCACAAGUAUAAAUGUUACUGCAUUUCCGUCGAAUUCAGGAGGAAAAUUGUCGAAGAAACAGCUGCCAUAA